UGAGCCUUGGAUGUGUUACCAGGGAGGCCAAAAAAUGAGAAAACCUUAUACUGAGCAUAUAGGCUGAGCUAAAGAAUUGGCAAAUGGAAUAGUAGAAGAAUAAUGCAACUGCUCCACAAAUACAUAGUUUGUGCAGAGCCUUUAGCAUUUUAUUAAAAAAAACCCACCAAACACAAAGGUGGCAGAUCUGAAUCUCAAAUAAGAACUGCUCUGCAUCUUCACUGUGUACAUCAAUAAACAACACCAAGUUCCCAUAUGAAAGGAUAACAGAUAAAUGCCACCAGUGGAAAAUAUUCUUGUUCUUUGUCAUUUUAUGGAGAUGAAGGAUGAGAUGUCACACAGGGAGUGAGGGUUUGCCAAAAUCCACACACAAUUUCCAGUCUCUUCUUCACAGGCUGGUGGGACAGGAUCUACUCCUUGUACUCCAGCCCAACUUUGCAAUGAAGGGACAGAUGAAACACAGACUGUUCAAUUAACCCCCAGACGAUGGCUCAACUUGCAGGAGUACCAAAGCAAAAAAAUAAUGGCAGACCAUGGGGUUACAGUUCAGAGAUUCUUUGUAGCUGAUUCUGCAAAUGAUGCCCUGGAGGCUGCUCAGAGACUGAAGGCAAAGGAAAUUGUUCUGAAGGCACAGAUUCUGGCUGGAGGGAGAGGGAAAGGGAUUUUCAACAGUGGGUUGAAAGGAGGAGUUCAUCUAACUAAGGACCCUAAGACUGUUGAACAGCUUGCUAAACAGAUGAUUGGGUACAAUCUGUCAACCAAGCAAACUCCAAAGGAUGGUGUGACAGUUAAAAAGGUGAUGGUUGCAGAAGCACUGGAUAUUUCCAGGGAAACAUACUUUGCAAUUCUGAUGGACAGAGCCUGCAAUGGACCUGUCAUGGUUGGCAGUCCACAGGGUGGUGUGGACAUUGAAGAAGUUGCAGUAACUAGCCCAGAACUUAUCUUUAAGGAGGAAAUAGAUAUUUUUGAAGGUGUAAAGGAUCGUCAGGCCUUGCAGAUGGCAAAGAAUUUGGGAUUCCAAGGACCUUUGCAGCAGCAGGCAGCAGAUCAAAUUAAGAAGCUGUAUAAUCUUUUCUUGAAAAUUGAUGCCACUCAGGUUGAAGUCAAUCCCUUUGGUGAAACUCCAGAAGGGCAAGUUGUUUGCUUCGAUGCCAAGAUAAACUUUGAUGACAACGCAGAAUUUAGGCAAAAGGAAAUAUUUGCCAUGGAUGACAAGUCUGAAAAUGAGCCCAUAGAGAAUGAAGCUGCCAAAUAUGACUUAAAAUAUAUAGGAUUGGAUGGAAACAUUGCUUGCUUUGUCAAUGGAGCUGGCCUUGCAAUGGCAACGUGUGAUAUAAUAUCCCUGAAUGGUGGAAAGCCAGCCAACUUCUUGGACCUGGGUGGAGGUGUGAAAGAAGCACAAGUCUAUCAAGCAUUCAAGCUGCUGACUGCUGACCCAAAGGUUGAAGCAAUCCUUGUAAACAUUUUUGGUGGGAUUGUGAACUGUGCCAUCAUAGCCAAUGGUAUCACCAAGGCCUGCCAAGAGCUGGAGCUGAAAGUACCUCUGGUGGUCAGACUGGAAGGAACAAAUGUCCUCGAAGCCCAGCGUAUUCUGAGUGAAAGUGGGCUCCCCAUCACCUCUGCCAAUGACCUUGAGGAUGCAGCCAAGAAGGCAGUGGCAAGUGUGGCCAGAAAAUAAGAUUAUUCUCAUGGAAAGUGCUUGUGUUUCACCAGGCAGAAUUCCUGCUGCUGUUCCACAGGAUUAUUGGAAUUCUCCCAAGCAGUCACCAGGCUUGGUGACCUUCACUGGACAUAUCUGGCCAAAGGCUUGCAAGUUGGGCUUCAGAAAUUUUGCAGCUAUAAUCUUCAGGAGUUUGUAUGUCUUUAUCUGAUUUUGGUAAUUUUGUUAGUCACAACUUUUUGUUAGUCACAACUUCACUCCCUAAAGCUCUUCUUUGUGUCUCCUUCCAAAACUGUCACUGAUAAAAUCAUGAUAAGACAAAAUAAGUAAUAAUUGACUUCUGUCAACAGAAUUGUUCUUUAAUCAAACACUUUUAGGUCAGCUAUUUCACAAUAUUUUCAUUCAUGUUUUUAUAUUGUAAAGAGUCAACAGACUAACAGUGGGUUUAUAUUUUUAUGGACUUUUACAAUAAUGUAAAAAGCUGUGCUUACAAUCCUAUUUUUAUUCAAACGAAUGAUGUUUAUUUUCUUUUUCUGGAAAUCACUGGUUUUGCCUUAAGAUGAUUCUCUUUUGUUGAUGCCAAUGGAUACCUCACAAUAGCAAAAGGGGGUGGAGUAGUGAAAGGAACUCCCACCCUUACCGUGCCUAUAAACCACUGAAAUGUGAUUUCUUUCCUUUCUAGUUUUUGGAAAUGCCCUGCUGUAUUUCCAGGUGUGGCAAUGCCAUCCAGGGGGCUCCAGGAGGAUGUUUCUGCCACUAAGGAAAUGGCUGCUAACUUUUUAAAAUGUCACUGCUGUGAGGUAUUAAAGUAAGAUGUGAAACUGAAGCAGUUUUCUCUCAGGAGCAUGGAGAAUUCUUCAGCUGAUUUAACUUCCAACAACCAUUUCUAAUUUAUUUGGCAUAAAACACAAAUGAACUUUUCCAUUUUUAAAGUAUUUGACUUCUCAGGCCAUCAGUAAAAGUAUGCAUAAGGAAAAAAACCCCUAAGUUUCAAUAUUCAGAUAUUGACCAAGAUUCAUUUUGAUUAUAUACUCCUUUGCAGCAGUCAAAAUUCAAGCUGUUAGUUACUCAAAUCAUUCAUUCAGGGAACAGAAGGCAAUAUUAAAGAUCUUGUGUAACUAAAUAACUUUGUACAAAUCUCAUUCUGCCCGGGAAUUAUGUGCUGAAAAUCAUCAAUAAAUUUGAACAGUGAACAAAUGAGGGAUAUUAUGAUCUGGUCUUGUAAAUGGGCAGAGAUACAAAAAUUUACAAAAUAAAUUCCUAAUUGUGAUUUUUUUGAGCAGCUCUAAUCAAUACUGUGUUCUGCUUAGAAAAAUGUAAAUAAAUUUUUCUUGACAUUUCCAUUAAAACUGUUACAUUCAAAACAAAUUAUCUGCACUAAUCUUUGGCUCUUGACACAAAUAGUGCAGAGAGGUUGCUAUCAUCAAUUCCUGCAGGUUUUUCCUUCUCCAUUCCUUUCUCUGCAUAUUGCUCAAGGAGAAAAUGUGUGACCAUUAGAACAGCAAUAAAUAUGCCACUAGGUCUGUAGUUAUUGACAGAAUGAAGGAGGAGGAUAUGGUUAGCAGCUUUCUUGAAGGUACAUAAAAGCCACACUACUCUAAAGGAAGAAAUGUUUACCUCAUCACAAUAAAUAAAAGAGUCACAGCCUAUUUGAUAUAUUUUAAUACUGGAAAGAUAAGAUUCUGUGGAAGAACUGCUUGUGCAAUGUUGUCACACACUGUGUCCCUAACUGUGGUCUCAAAACCAUCCACUGUGCAUACACAAUUAUUAUUUUGCAAAGAUUAAUACUGUGUACACCUUUUUGUCAAAUAAAUGUAAAAAUGAACAUG